GGGUUGAGCCACGGGGAUGCAGAGAAAGCUGAUGGCAGGAGCUGGGCUGGAAAGGGACCUGAGCACCCCGCUUCCGCGAAGGCAUAACGUCACCGCGCCCACCGCAGUUCCGGUGUCUCCGCCCUCGCCAGGGCUCCCAGCGCUGCUGAGGGUGACCAACAAAGGCCGGAGAGAUGGCCGGGGCCUCGGUGAAGGUGGCGGUGCGUGUCCGCCCCUUCAAUUCCAGGGAGAUGAGCCGAGACUCCAAGUGCAUCAUCCAGAUGUCUGGAAGCACCACCACCAUCAUUAACCCCAAACAGCCCAAGGAGACACCCAAAAGCUUCAGCUUCGACUAUUCCUACUGGUCACACACCUCGCCGGAGGACAUCAAGUACGCGUCACAGAAGCAGGUGUACCGGGACAUCGGCGAGGAGAUGCUGCAGCACGCCUUCGAGGGCUACAACGUGUGCAUCUUCGCCUACGGGCAGACCGGGGCCGGCAAGUCCUACACCAUGAUGGGCAAGCAGGAGAAGGACCAGCAGGGCAUCAUCCCGCAGCUCUGUGAAGACCUGUUCUCCCGCAUCAACGACACGACCAAUGACAACAUGUCCUACUCCGUGGAGGUCAGCUACAUGGAGAUUUAUUGUGAACGCGUCCGUGACCUCCUGAAUCCCAAGAACAAGGGCAACCUGCGCGUGCGCGAGCACCCGCUGAUGGGGCCGUAUGUGGAGGACCUCUCCAAGCUGGCCGUCACCUCCUACAAUGACAUCCAGGACCUCAUGGACUCAGGGAACAAGGCCAGGACCGUGGCGGCCACAAACAUGAAUGAGACCAGCAGCCGCUCCCACGCUGUCUUCAACAUCAUCUUCACCCAGAAGCGCCACGACGCGGAGACCAACAUCACCACAGAGAAGGUGAGCAAAAUCAGCCUGGUGGACCUGGCGGGGAGUGAGCGGGCCGACUCCACGGGAGCCAAGGGCACGCGGCUCAAGGAGGGAGCCAACAUCAACAAGUCCUUGACCACGCUGGGGAAGGUCAUCUCUGCUCUGGCGGAAAUGGACUCUGGGCCCAACAAGAACAAGAAAAAGAAGAAGACCGAUUUCAUUCCCUACAGAGAUUCCGUGCUGACCUGGCUGCUCCGGGAAAACCUAGGCGGGAACUCCAGGACAGCGAUGGUGGCGGCCCUGAGCCCUGCAGACAUCAACUACGACGAGACUCUGAGCACGCUGAGGUACGCCGACCGGGCCAAACAGAUACGCUGUAACGCCGUCAUCAACGAGGACCCCAACAACAAGCUGAUCCGUGAGCUGAAGGACGAGGUGACCCGGCUGCGGGACCUGCUGUAUGCCCAGGGCCUCGGGGACAUCACCGACACCAACACUGUGCCCGGAGGACCCAAAUACGUGUCCGACCUUGAGAACAAUAACCGUAACCGUGGCGGGGCGGAGUUGAGUCCAGCCCCUGACAAUCUCUCCACAGUGACCAACACCCUGGUGGGCAUGAGCCCCUCGUCCUCGCUCUCGGCCCUGUCCAGCCGCGCCGCCUCCGUGUCCAGCCUGCACGAGCGCAUGCUGUUCGCCCCAGGCAGCGAGGAGGCCAUCGAAAGGCUGAAGGAGACGGAGAAGAUCAUAGCCGAGCUCAACGAAACCUGGGAGGAGAAGCUGCGGCGGACGGAAGCCAUCCGGAUGGAGAGGGAAGCACUGCUGGCCGAGAUGGGCGUGGCCAUGAGGGAGGACGGCGGCACAUUGGGCGUGUUUUCUCCAAAAAAGACACCACAUCUCGUCAACCUGAACGAGGACCCGCUGAUGUCCGAGUGCCUCCUGUACUACAUCAAGGACGGGAUCACCAGGGUGGGCCGGGAGGAUGCGGAGAGGCGGCAGGACAUUGUCCUGAGUGGGCACUUCAUCAAGGAGGAGCACUGUGUCUUCCGGAGCGACUCCCGGGGCGGCAGCGAAGCCGUGGUGACCUUGGAACCCUGUGAGGGGGCAGACACAUAUGUCAAUGGCAAGAAAGUCACGGAGCCCAGCAUCCUGCGGUCAGGAAACCGCAUCAUCAUGGGGAAGAGCCACGUGUUCCGGUUCAACCACCCUGAGCAGGCACGGCAGGAGCGCGAGCGCACGCCCUGCGCAGAGACGCCCGCUGAGCCCGUGGACUGGGCCUUCGCGCAGCGCGAGCUGCUGGAGAAGCAGGGCAUCGACAUGAAGCAGGAGAUGGAGCAGAGGCUCCAGGAGCUGGAGGACCAGUACCGCCGUGAGCGAGAGGAGGCCACCUACCUGCUGGAGCAGCAGAGGCUGGACUACGAGAGCAAGCUGGAGGCCCUGCAGAAGCAGAUGGGCUCCAGGUGCUUCUCUGAAGCGAACGAGGAGGACGAGGAGCCGGAGGACGAGGUCCAGUGGACGGAGAGGGAGUGUGAGCUGGCGCUGUGGGCCUUCCGGAAGUGGAAGUGGUACCAGUUCACGUCUCUGCGGGACCUGCUGUGGGGCAACGCCAUCUUCCUCAAAGAGGCCAAUGCCAUCAGCGUGGAGCUCAAGAAGAAGGUCCAGUUCCAGUUUGUCCUCCUCACGGACACGCUGUACUCCCCGCUGCCGCCGGACCUGCUGCCCCCAGAGGCUGCCAAAGAGCGGGAGACGCGCCCCUUCCCGCGCACCAUCGUGGCCGUGGAGGUCCAGGACCAGAAGAACGGGGCCACCCACUACUGGACGCUGGAGAAGCUCAGGCAGCGCCUGGACCUGAUGCGGGAGAUGUACGACCGGGCCGCGGAGGUGCCCUCCAGUGUCAUCGAGGACUGUGACAACGUGGUGACUGGCGGAGACCCCUUCUACGACCGCUUUCCCUGGUUCCGGCUGGUGGGCAGUUCAGUCAUCUCUGGCUGCAACAGCUACCCUCUUCUCAACACAUGCAUGAGCGAGCGCAUGGCUGCUCUCACCCCCUCCCCCACCUUCUCGAGCCCCGACUCCGACGCCACCGAGCCUGCCGAGGAGCAGAGCGUGGGGGAGGAGGAGGAGGAGGAGGAGGAGGAGGAGGAGGAGGAUCUGCAGGACGACGUCUUUCCGGAGCACGCGCUGUGCGACGGCCGGGACCCGUUUUACGACCGGCCCCCCCUGUUCAGUUUAGUAGGAAGGGCCUUCGUGUACCUGAGCAACCUGCUGUACCCCGUGCCCCUGGUGCACCGCGUGGCCGUCGUCAGCGAGAAGGGAGAGGUGAAGGGCUUCCUCCGCGUGGCCGUCCAGGCCACUUCAGCUGAUGAAGAGGCCCCCGAUUACGGCUCUGGCGUCCGACAGUCAGGAACCGCCAAAAUCUCCUUUGAUGACCAGCAUUUCGAAAAGUUCCAGUCCGAGUCCUGCCCCGUGGUGGGGAUGUCCCGCUCCGGGACCUCGCAGGAGGAGCUGCGCAUCGUGGAAGGUCAGGGCCAGGGUGCGGAGGCAGGGCCCUCGGCCGAUGAGGUCAACAACAACACCUGCUCAGCCGUGCCUCCAGAAGGCCUCCUCCUAGACAGCCCUGAGAAAGCCGCCCUGGACGGGCCCCUGGACGCCGCCCUGGACCACCUGCGCUUGGGCAGCACCUUCACCUUCCGUGUGACAGUCCUGCAGGCGUCCAGCAUCUCUGCCGAAUACGCGGACAUCUUCUGCCAGUUCAACUUCAUCCAUCGCCACGACGAGGCCUUCUCCACGGAGCCCCUCAAGAACACGGGGAGGGGCCCCCCGCUGGGCUUCUACCACGUCCAGAACAUCGCAGUGGAGGUGACCAAGUCCUUCAUCGAGUACAUCAAGAGCCAGCCCAUCGUGUUUGAGGUCUUCGGCCAUUACCAGCAGCACCCGUUCCCCCCGCUCUGCAAGGACGUGCUCAGCCCCCUGAGGCCCUCACGCCGCCAUUUCCCAAGGGUCAUGCCGCUGUCCAAGCCAGUGCCUGCCACCAAGCUCAGCACCCUCGCGCGGCCCUGCCCGGGGCCCUGUCACUGCAAGUACGACGUGCUGGUCUACUUCGAGAUCUGUGAGCUGGAGGCCAACGGCGAUUACAUUCCUGCGGUGGUGGACCACCGCGGCGGGAUGCCGUGCAUGGGGACCUUCCUGCUCCACCAGGGUAUCCAGAGACGGAUAACCGUGACACUGCUGCACGAGACGGGCAGCCACAUCCGCUGGAAGGAAGUGCGAGAGCUUGUCGUGGGUCGGAUUCGAAACACACCAGAAACUGACGAGUCCCUGAUCGACCCCAACAUCUUGUCUCUCAACAUCCUCUCCUCCGGCUACAUCCACCCGGCCCAGGACGACCGGCAGUUUCUUGAUUCGGACAUGCCUAGCGUUUCGUUCGGAAAUGACACUAGGACCUUUUACCAGUUUGAGGCCGCGUGGGACAGCUCCAUGCACAACUCUCUGCUGCUGAACCGGGUCACCCCGUACCGAGAGAAAAUCUACAUGACCCUCUCGGCUUACAUUGAGAUGGAGAACUGCACCCAGCCAGCCGUCAUCACCAAGGACUUCUGCAUGGUCUUCUACUCUCGGGAUGCCAAGCUGCCCGCCUCACGCUCCAUCCGCAACCUGUUUGGCAGCGGGAGCCUGCGGGCCUCAGAGAGCAACCGCGUGACAGGCGUGUACGAGCUCAGCCUGUGCCAUGUGGCCGAUGCCGGCAGCCCAGGGAUGCAGCGGCGGCGGAGGCGCGUGCUCGAUACGUCCGUGGCCUACGUCCGCGGCGAGGAGAACCUGGCGGGCUGGAGGCCCCGGAGCGACAGCCUCAUCCUGGACCACCAGUGGGAGCUGGAGAAGCUGAGUCUCCUGCAGGAGGUGGAGAAGACCAGGCACUACCUGCUGCUGCGGGAGAAGCUGGAGACCACGCAGCGGCCCGGCCCCGAGGCGCCGUCCCCCGCCUGCAGCGAGGACUCUGGCUCCCACGGCCCGUCCGGCCCCUCGUCCCCACUCUCGGCCGAGGGCCGGCCGUCCCCCCUGGAGGCUCCCAAUGAGAGACAGCGGGAGCUGGCCGUCAAGUGCUUACGCCUCCUCACGCACACGUUCAACCGAGAGUACACCCACAGCCACGUGUGCGUCAGCGCCAGUGAGAGCAAGCUCUCCGAGAUGUCUGUCACCCUGCUUCGGGACCCAUCCAUGUCCCCUCUGGGGGCAGCCACGCUCACACCCUCCUCCACCUGCCCCUCUCUGGUGGAGGGGCGGUACGGAGCAGCUGAUCUGAGGACCCCACAGCCCUGCUCCCGGCCGGCCAGCCCAGAACCUGAGCCUAUGCCCGAGGCAGAUUCGAAGAAGCUUCCAUCCCCUGCUCGGGCCGUGGAGGCGGACAAAGAGCCCCCGCGCCUGCUGGUUCCUGACAUCCAGGAGAUCCGGGUCAGCCCCAUCGUCUCCAAGAAGGGCUACCUGCACUUCCUGGAGCCGCACACGGCCGGCUGGGCCAAGCGCUUCGUGGUGGUACGGCGGCCGUAUGCCUACAUGUACAACAGUGACAAGGACUCUGUGGAGAGGUUCGUGCUCAACCUGUCCACCGCCCAGGUGGAGUACAGCGAGGACCAGCAGGCCAUGCUCAAGACACCCAACACGUUUGCCGUGUGCACGGAGCACCGAGGCAUCCUGCUGCAGGCCAACAGCGACAAGGACAUGCACGACUGGCUGUACGCAUUCAACCCCCUCCUGGCCGGGACCAUACGGUCCAAGCUGUCCAGACGGCGGUCUGCCCAGAUGAGGGUCUGAGCCAGAGCCCCCCGCGCCCCCACGACAGCCAGCAGGCCAGCCCCGCCCCCAGUCCUCGUCACCAUCCGUCAUGUCACACGCGCCCAGCCUGCCCCCACCAGCCAGCCAGCCAGCCGGUCCCCUGUUGGGGACGCUGCGCGGGGCCCCACAGAGCGCCACCUCUGGCCCGGGCGCCUGCACCGCAAGACCUAGCCUGCCCCGAGCAGAGGCCACGUUCUGUCUUCUUUCGGAGCGGGCCCCGGGUGGGAGCGGCUGGGAGGUGCCAGAGAGGCCGGAGGGCACAAGUCAGGGGCGUCGCUGCCGUUCUGAUAUUUUUUUAAGCAUAGACAGACUUAUAAUUAAUAUACAUUAGUUUAGUGACACCAAAACAGGCCACUCAGAAAUUAACUAUAAGACUGUGUUCUAUUUAUAAGUAUUUAUUUCUAAUGCCUUCACAUAGACCCGUAGGAUUCGGAUGGACCCCGUCCCCUGCUUGUUCCCUCUCUCAUCCCCAAGCCUCGUAGGGAAGACCACGGUGAAGAGGCGUCUGCACAGGCCGGGGCACCACCUGGUUGGCACCACGGGGGCACGUCCACCCAGGCCCGAGCUCAGGCUCAUGGGGGAGGCCUUCCACCCGGGGUGCGUGUGUGUGUGUGUGUGUGUGUGUGUGUGUGAGCAUCAGGGGACCCGGCGCCCGAGGUCCAGGCCGCGAGGGGGGUGGCGUGCACCCUCCCAGCCGGAGGUAGAAUCUGCGUCUCACCCGGACAGCAGCCUCUGAGACGCGACCCCGCGGGCAGUGCCGGCAGCUUCUCCCCAGGAGCGUGCGGGCAUGAGGGGGACCAGGCAGAUGGGCCCCUGGGCUGUGGGGCUCUCCCGGCAGGGACAGCAGGGGUGGUGUGUCCAGGACGGCAGGGUGCAGGAGGCGGGGGGGGGGGUGUCCGGGCGGUGGGGGGCUGGGGGUGCAGCUUCUCAAGCUCCAGACGGUUCCCCGGAAGAAGGUGUGUGGCUUCCCCUCUUUGCCCCGAGAGAGGAGUGUCUGUGAGUCCCAGUGAGAAGAUUCCACGGGGUCAGGGGAGGGCAGCCAGCAAUGGGGCCCCCGUCACCAAGGAGGCUCCCCUCUCCUGCACCUUGUGUUGCUGCAGUGUCCGAUUCGUGCCCCCAGGGACUGCACGGCCCAGGCCCGGCCGCCGGGGCAAGAGCCUGCCCCGGGCUGGGAGUCUGGCCAGGCACCACACCCGGGCCACAAACACAUCAGAGAAACCCCGGGGUCUGGGGGGUCUUCGGUGACCUGUUCCCUUGCCCGCAGCCGCACGUGGCCUCUUUCUAACUCCAGUCAAAACAGCAACCGAUCCAUAAACCCCUGUCCCGCCACGAGCAGGUUCCGCUCGGAACCUGGGCGUCCAUGCCGUUCUCUGGUGCCUUCCACUGCCUUCGCCAGACCCUGCAGGGCACCCCAGUGACCCCCCACUUUCCCACUUGGUUCAGAUCACCUUGUCGCACCCCGGCCAGUGGUCUGGGGCCCCCUCAGCCUGGCUGUCCCCAAGCGGCACUGACGAGGCCUGUGGAUAUUGUACGGGUUCCGCGCCCUGAGGCCCGAGGUGUGCGCGGCCUCUUUCCUCUAGGGGUGCGUGGGCGUGGCUCCCACACUAAGCGACCAGGUUUCGGUUGGAGGCUUCCCUUUGGGAAAGUUAUCCCCCCAAUAACUUGAGCUUCGCCCCAGACGUGGGACCAGGCAGACGGGCUCCCCCAUCUGAGCGCCGUCUGGCAGCCGCGUCUGGCUCCGCCGGCCGCGCAGGGCCGCUUGGAGGCUGUGAGCGCGCCUUUCCCGUGGCUGGUCUGGGCAGUGCGUCAGCGGUCACUUCCACCCGCUGCUCCCCUCGUCCCGGUGCUCGGAAGGCACCACUGAUGGCAUCGCUCCAUCGGCAGAAAACGCGUCCGAGGAGACCACGUCUGUGGGACGCGGGGACCCAGCGGCCUUCUUUGGGGACCCCCAGAGGAGGCCUCGCAUCCUGGACAGAGAGCAAACGUCCGGAGACCGGACGCUCCCGGGCCGAGACGCAGAGGGCAGGGGUAUGGCACAGUCCAGAGCAAGCAUUUAUUCUGGCUCCUGUGAUGGCCUUGAGGGCAGGGAGGGGACCAGGGAAGGAGGACGUGGUUCCUAGAUGAGUUGGUUCCCGACAGCCCCCCUUCCCGCGGGGAGACUGGAGGUGCAAGGCCCGGGCCGCAGGCCACCCAGGUCAGCCAGCCUGGAGCCGCGGCCUGGGGAGGCUCCGAGGCCCCCGCACCCGGGGCGCAGGGGUCUGAGGCCAGCCAGCCUGCAGAGCACCUGCCUCGUGGGGCUGAGGGAAGGGGGGACGCGCCCCAUACGCGGGAGCCUCCACAGCCAUGGAGGUGCCCCCAGGACCGUUUGAUUCUGGCCCUGGUGCCCGUGCCUGCGAGCCAGGUGUGGGCCACGUGGACCCCCUGUCCCCUGCCAGACCCUCGGAGUUGGUGGGGAGAGAGAUCCGAGUCAGACACCUGGUCCCUUGUCUGUCCUGCCAGAAGCUACCCAACGUGUCACGUCAGAGGGGACGGCACUUAGCAAACUGGGCCAGUCUUCACAUCUGUGAUGAGGGAGGCUGCUGUUUCCCAGAGGAAGGUCAGGCCUGGCUGUGGCUGUGAUUUCUCACCAAGUGGGGAGGGAAGAAAGAUCCAGAAAGCCAUCUCGCUGGGAGUUUUUUUUUUUAACACCUGGUGGCACUCGUUUUGCUUUGAGGGAUAGCCGUCCUCACCCAGAGAAGCUCUCUGUCUCCUCCAGGGAGAGGGGGAGUCCCCCCGUUGAUCCGCUGUGGUCCCAGGAAGGGGGGCGCUGGGCUCCAGGCUCCAGUGUGACCCAGCUGGUGCCCAGGGGUGUUGACAUGUUCCCAAGUUCCAAGGCUUCCGUGUUCCGAGUAAUCACUCCUAAGAUGCCAACGUUUCGGUCACCGAUCACACACACGCACACACACGCCCCGGGUGGUUGCAGGGAGGCAGCCUCCCCCUCCGUCCCGGUUCCCCCUCCGCACCUGUCGGGCGGGCGUGGCGAAGCACUCGGGGAGAGUUCCUGAAUGUCGCUGGUGGUUCGGGCGUCAGCGGAUCGCAGUGCUGGUCCUCCGUCCGCCCCCUCCGGUGCGGGACCCCGGAAGGCGCCCUCCUUUUACCCCGGGGACCAGGGAAGUGCCCCCAGGGAUCAACAGAGUCUAUGGCUUCUUCCAGGCCGGUGCUUCCCGCAGCUGGCCGUCCCCCGCGUCCCCCCGUAGCUUGUACAUAUGUGGUUGUGUGGCACACCCUGGCCCCUGCACUGUAACCACCAUCCCGACGUAACGACUCGAGUUCCCUGACGUCCUAAACCUGAGUGUUAGGCUCUAGGCUCCUGUACUGUGUGUGUGCACUUAAGAAUCUGUCCAAUUAAGAAAUAAAUGUGGCUCCUUAUGCAACAUCAGA